UGUAGUUCAUUUUGAGAAUUUGUCUGCAAAACGUAUUAACAUUUGUUUUUAACAGAUGACGUGUGUGAUGUUUAGCUAAACAUUUUUCUACGAUGUUUUCAAUAAUAUUCGCAAUAGUCUUGUCGACUUUGGUGUUUUUUUCCGUAUCUCUGUUCAGUCUUCGUAAUUGGCUGCAAGGAUGUAAAAGAAAACUUAAAGGAUCUUUUGAUGGCACAGUCAACAUAGGAAUUUUUCAUCCAUAUUGUAAUGCUGGUGGAGGUGGUGAGAGGGUGUUGUGGUGCGCAGUACGAGCUCUGCAGGCUAAAUAUGACAAUAUUAAAAUUGUUAUAUACACUGGAGAUAUCGAUAGUUCACCGAACAGCAUUUUAGAAAAGGCGCAACGUACUUUUAAUAUAAAUGUAGACAAACAAAACACGAGUUUUGUCUAUUUAAAGCGUCGAGCGUUAGUGGAAGCUAAGCUGUAUCCGUAUUUUACAUUGUUGGGACAAAGCCUUGGAUCACUUAUUUUGGGAAUGGAAGCACUUUGCAGAUUCCCGCCUGAUAUUUAUUUAGACACAACAGGAUAUGCUUUCACUUUGCCAUUGUUUCGUUAUGUUGGCGAUUGUAAAGUGGGAUGUUAUGUACACUAUCCUACAAUAAGCAUGGAUAUGCUACGACGUGUUCAACAGCGUGAAUAUUGCCACAACAACCAGACGUAUGUGGUUAGAAAUCCGUUCAUCACCUGGAUGAAGCUUAUUUACUACCGGAUUUUUGCGAAGAUGUACAGUUGGGUUGGCCAAUGUGCCGAUACUAUAAUGGUUAACUCCACAUGGACUGAGAAUCAUAUUCGCGAUUUAUGGGGGGUGCCUUUUAAAACUCAUCGAGUAUAUCCACCAUGUGAAGUAAAACAUAUUAAAGCGUUAAAACGUAAUGAGACUACAGAUAAAAUCAUAAUUCUAUCCGUUGGCCAAUUCCGACCAGAGAAGGAUCACCCAUUACAGUUGCAGGCCAUGUAUGAACUAAGAACUCUUCUAUCACGCAAUGAAGAAUUAUGGAAUAAGGUGCAACUGUUCAUUAUCGGCUCAUGUCGAAACGACUGCGAUUACGAACGCUUAAAGAAUAUGCAAGACUUGACAAAGCAUCUCUCUUUGGAAAAUUCAGUGGAAUUUAAAGUAAAUGUUCAUUUCCAAGAACUCCUUCAAUUGUAUCAAAAAGCAGGAAUUGGAAUUCAUACAAUGUGGAAUGAGCACUUUGGAAUCGGCAUUGUCGAGUGUAUGGCAGCAGGUAUGAUAAUGAUUGCACACCGAUCAGGAGGUCCGUUAUUAGAUAUAAUCGAGACGUCAGAAGGAAGUCAAAAUGGAUACUUAGCAACAAAUGCUGUCGAAUACGCUAAUUGUUUAUUGAGUAUUAUAUGUAAUUCGGAGGAAUUAAAUAAUACAAUUCGCAGUGCUGCAAGAUCAUCAGUGGAAAGAUUUUCAGAGGAAGAGUUCGAAGUCAACUUCCUUCGUGCAAUUACCCCAUUAUUUAAUUCAACAUGAAGUAAAUUUUAGCAAAACCAAAGGAUGCUUUUAAUAAAUCUCUGAAAGCGUAGAGAAAAAAGUUA